AGGCUCUGAAAUGGAACCACGUAGUUGUUCUGGUGAGAUGCAAUACACAGAAGGGUGUGAAGCACUGUUUGGAUUACCCAAUCAGACUUUGCUGUAGAUAUCUCUGUCUAGUUCUAGGCUCUUUCCAAGGAUUAGUCUCAAGAGGCUGCAUGGCUUCACUGCUGAGUUUAGAAAGAGUGGGAAAGGCAGAGGCAUUUACGUACUAUUGAUCCUUGAUCAGUGAGUUCACAGUACAAAAGCCUCCAUAUGCUUUCGUCACAACACCAGACUGAGAUGAAUCUCUGGACAAAUGUGUGCCAGCUUUGGCAUACGUAUUUAUCUAAAACUGAAUAAAAUGAGGAUAAGCAAGACAAGGUGGGUGAGGUAAUAUCUUUUAUUGGACCAACUUCUGCUGGUGAGAGACAAGCUUUCCAGUCACACACAGCUCCUCUUCAGGCCUUCUGGAUCAGGAAUCAUCUGUUAGGAUAAGGUGAAGCUGCUACUACAUCAGGAAUUCUGUGAUUGAAGGGGAUACCAUGUAUUUUUAAACUUCAGCUCUUCCUCUCAUCACUUAAGAAAAGAGGUUGGUUAGCCUAGUGGUUAAGGCCCUGGACUGGAACUCAGGACAUCUGGGUUUAGUUCCUGGCUCCACCCUAGAGUCCAUGGGACCUGGGGCAAGUCAGGUAGGUCUUGUCUAUACGGUAUGGCAAAGCACACUACAGGGGUUUGAAUUCUAAAGAGCACUAACUGGCACAAGUAGACCCUGCUGGCGCACACUAAAAGUUCUCUAGUGUGUAUUCAUGUAGUACUAGUACUGUGUGAAUGCAAAAUAAGGAGCAUUACAAUUCACACCUCUCUAGUGCACAUUGUCGCACUAUGUAGACAAGCCUGUGCUCUGUCUGUGUUUUGGUUUUCUAACUGUAAAAGGGGGCGGGAUAACAGUACCCCCUUUCACUCUGUAUUGUCUAUUUAGAUUGUAAAUUCUUCAGGGCAGGGAUUGUCUCUUCCUGUGUAUUUGUACAGUGCAUAGCACAAGGGGGCUCUGAUCUCCGUUGGAUAUCCUAGAUAGCACUGGAAUACAAACAGUGUUUCUGUAUAACUGCAGAAUACCUCUUGCUACUGAAAGAAAAGGAGUACUUGUGGCACCUUAGAGACUAACCAAUUUAUUUGAGCAUGAGCUUUCGUGAGCCACCCAGAGCAGCUCUGUUCUUGUUUUGGUGUCAUUCUGGCUGUGCUUUCAUUACUACUUUCCCUUUUCUGGUUUUGCAACUGCAGUAUUGUUCAUUCCCAUUUGACAUCAAAUACAAGUAACUAAAUCACUACAGGUAUCCCAUUUUUUUUUCAGUCAAGUUAUAAAACUAAUGAAUCUCAUGAGACAUUACAAUGUUUAAAGAAUCACUACCUUCAGUUACACUGAGUUCCACUGCAGUCAUUAUAUCUGUAUAUGGCCUUUGUAUUCCACACCAAUACGUUCCUGAAUCAUCUUCUACCAGCUGGUGCAGUAGACAGGGUUACUGUUUGUCUUUGCUGUGUUUAAGUCAUAAGAACUUAAGAACAGCCGUACUGGGUCAGACCAAAGGUCCAUCUAGCCCAGUAUUCUGUUUUCCAACAGUGGCCAAUGCCAGGUUCCCCCAGAGGGAACGAACAGAACAGGUAAUCCUCAAGUGACCCAUCCCCUGUCACCCAUUCCCAGCUUCUGGCAAACGGAGGAUAAGGAUGCCAUCCCUGCCCAUCCUGGCUAAUAGCCAUUGAUGGACCUAUCCUCCAUGAACUUACCUAGCUCUUUUUUGAACCCUGUUAUAGCCUUGGCCUUCACAACAUCCUCUGGCAACGAGUUCCACAGGUUGACUGUGCUUUGUGUGAAGAAAUACUUCCUUUUGUUUAUUUUAAACCUGCUGCCUAUUAAUUUCAUUUGGUGACCCCCUAGUUCUUGUGUUAUGAGGAGUAAAUAACACUUCCUUAUUUUACUUUUUCCACAGAGUCUGUAAGUGUCAGAUAGUGAAUUCUUAGUCUGGACCAUGCAAAGACCCAUUUCUGCAGAGAGGUCUGUGCAAUCUAGACUACGCUUUUAGGUUCUGUGUAUUUUACAGCUCUGAAAAAUGUUUUUUCUAUGUUUUAAAUUCGGUGUCCCUUUUUUUCAAAGUUAUUAAGUAUCCACAGUUCCCUUGACUUCUAUUGAAGCUGCAAGUGCUCAGCCUGGAUAUGACAAUAUGGAAGAUCAUACAUAAAGCACACUAUCUUGUGUAUCAGUUAAGGUAGCUGCACAUGUAACAUACCUAACAACACACCCACCUCAAAAACAAAGAAAUUAAAAGCUGUCAGGUAACAUUACAUACUCUUUGCUACUCUGGCCAGAGAUGUGUACAUCAGCUCUAACACAAACAGCAUGUACCACAACACACUGGGGCCUUAACACUGCCAACCAUGCUGGCAUCCCCUGCAACAAUUUCUCAUCACUGCAAACAGAACAGAUCCUCCCACCCAUACUAUCUGCCUGGGGAAACACACUUGUUCAUGGUUGAGUCAGGGGAUGUUGGCAGGUCAGGGAAGAGUUAUUGUUGUCUAUGAUGUAUGGUGGGUGUGCUGGCAGUCAGAGGGUAGGAGAAGGUAUGGACCAUUAAAUGACUAUCACUUUCUGGCUUUUGAGGUUGUGUGUGUGCAGCUGCUUUACACGAUCCACAAUGUACUGUUUAUGUAUAAAUUCCCGGGUACUCCUAGAUAUAGAAGUGUCUCCUCCAUGGCUGUGGUUUAUUUCACAAACAGCAGGCUCUUCAUGAAAGUACCCAGAUGGCACAAAAACUGUCAACUUUGUGAAUUUCUUCUUACUGCUGAAAUUUGGUAAAUGUUGACCGAGGGGCUCUGAUGUUUCUCAUCAAAUUUUUUCAUCAGAUGUUUUGGGGAGCCAUUGGCGGGGAGAAGAGCAAGGGGCAUGGCUAGAGAACAGGUCAGCACACUCUCAGAGCUAACAGUUAAAAUGUGUACAUUUCAGCCAUCUAGGAACAUUCAUGAAGAUUCUGUCCUUAAAGUAGCAGUUGCUUUGUUGAGGAUCUGCAACAAAGCACAACAUGUUAUCUAUCAGCUAUCUGGGGAGGUUCCCCUUUCAAAUCCAUCUCACCAGGUAAUAGCUCUCAUAAUCACCACACACUGCCCUCCACUCGUCUCAGGAAUAAAUCCAUAGUUUCACAUACGGGGCUCUGCAAGUACCUCAGUGGGAGAGUUUUAUAUGCUAAUCUACAUACAAUUUUUAAGUGCUGUAUAUAAUCAAGGAAAGGAAUUACUCCUAACCCUAAUCAUUUCUUUGAAUAAAACUACCCGCAUGUACUAUUCAAGAUUCACCUUUCUGCCAAGGUUUGUGUAGAUUCACAAUGCUAUUAAAAUGCACAUUGACAAAAAUGAGACUGUCAUAGACAAAUUUAAGAAACAUGCUAUUAAAAUAUAUGAAAAGAAACCAAACAUGAACUACAGAGAAAAUUCAAAGGGCCUAAAACUUAACCUAUGUGAAAUUUCACAUCAUACUACAAACCUAUAAAGCAAGAAAUGAAUGGAUAUGCCCAUUUCAAGCCAUUUACCUGCACUCAUGUAAAAAGUGAUUGGCACCAGGGAAAUUUACCCCAAUUUGAAACGGUCUCUUUUUUGCACUGGUGUGGCAUGUGUUUGCACCAAUGAAGCCACCUCAGUGCAAAACAACCCAGAGCAGAAAAGUCUUGAGUCUGCUCAGGUGUUUGUAUGAGAUGUGUGAUGGUUCAAAACUGAAAUAAACAUAUACACACACCUGUGAGCCAUGGUUCUCAAAACACAUUUUAGAAAUUAGCUAUGUUGAAAUAUUUUUCUUACCUGUACAUAAACCCAAAGUACAAAGCAGGUUCUCAUCUUGAGUUGAGACCAGCUGCAAAUUAGUCUGUACAGGAAAUGUCCAGCUCCUAAAUGCAACUCUUUGUGAGUUCACUGUUCUUGCUGCCGCCCACUUACAAGAGACUGUUACCAGUAAGUCAUGCUUUCUGAUUGUGGUUUUGAGAAAUCCUAACUCCAGAAAAUUAGAUGACCCCUUCUGGAACAGUAUCACCAGUUCACAGAAUUUGGGCAGUUAAACCUCUGUUAGCCUUGUUACGUCACAUCCAAUCCAUCCCCAAAGGCCAAUGCAGGGUUGUUCCUACAGUAUCUUCUCUGGUAUUAUGUCCAAAUGUACAUGUCUCAUGUAAGGAGGCGAUCCAUUACUUCCCUAUACUGUGCGACACAGCAUUUACUGGGCCCAGAAUUUACACGUCCCAGCCAACAAACAGCUGGGGGCAGCAUCUUCCUACCACAAAGAGGAACGGGAGUUACUGGCUUUCCAACUAUAAGUAGUUUGCUACAAAUACAGAAGGAGAGAUGUUAGGCUUCUAUUUGCGGCCAGACUAUCCCUAAUGGAAUGGUGGACUAAAGAUCCAUUUUCUGGGAUGGAAGCUCUGAGGACUGUCAGUCAAACAGCCUACGGUCCAGGACCUGCACAGUCUCAUAGUGAGUGGCCCCUUUGGAUAGCUGUGUAACUUCUACAUUCUAAUGUAAAUCCUUGAUCCUGAUGUGGCUUUCCAGAGUUCAUCCCAGGCCAUUUGAAAAUGCAGUGACCUCUGAGCAUUUCAGGAUUUGCUGGAGGAGUCUGGACCUAAGGUGUGACUAAUGUGUUUAAGAACCUGCACUGCUGGAGAGAGAGCUGUCAAGUCUUUCUCUUAGAUGGCUGUUUAUCAGCAUAGGGACAUUUCCGGUGAGACUGAGAACUACAGAUAAUGCUGGUGAAUGUGGCCAAUACUGCCCUGGUUUGCACAGCCAAUGCAAUUCCCCUUUUUUCUAUCUGCGUUAUAUGGCUCUUUGAUCUUAGAGUGGAGCUGACUUCAGAGACAGAUAUGAUGAAGUCUGAUGUUGAAGAAAACUGCAUAGGUAAGCUUAGUGAGACCACCCAGCUUCCUCUUUCCAUAAAGAAAUGAGCGCAGUAGUUCACACUCUGAAAAGGAGGCACUAGGGCCCUGAGUUAAGAAUCUUGUUUUUUUGUUUUUGACCACACGGGCUGUUACGCACUAAUUUCCUUUAAGACUUGCAAUGAAGUCAGUAAACCACAGCCUUCAGCAGGCGCUCUCCAUGCUGGUGCUUUCCGUUAUGAUAUGCACUUGACAUGUCCAUCCUCUGCUUCGCCGGACCAGUCUCUCCCUGUCACACAACAUGGACCAAAGAGAGAUUCUGCUGCAAAACCUGGACAGGGCCCAAAGCAGGAAACUUAACAGAGAGGAGUUUGGAAACGAGUUUUUGAAGCUGAAAAGGCAAUCAACAAAAUACAGAUCAGACAGAAUAUACCCUACUGCAGCGUCUGAGCAACCAGAAAACAUCAAGAAAAAUCGAUACAAGGACAUCUUACCCUUUGAUCACAGCAGAGUGGAGCUCUCCCUCAUCACAUCAGAUAAAGAUUCUCAUUACAUAAAUGCCAACUUCAUCAAGGGGGUAUAUGGGCCGAGGGCUUAUAUAGCUACCCAGGGUCCUCUCUCCACCACUGUUCUUGACUUCUGGAGGAUGAUUUGGGAAUAUGAAGUCCUGAUUGUGGUUAUGGCUUGCAUGGAGUUUGAAAUGGGGAAGAAAAAGUGUGAGCGGUACUGGGUUGAGGUGGGCAAUUCCCCACUCCGGUGUGGUCCUUUCACCAUCACUUGUGAAUUGGAGGAAAAGAAAACUGAAUAUGUGAUUCGGACUCUAAAGGUGACACUGAACAACGUAAUUCGCACUGUUUAUCAGUUCCAUUAUAAAAACUGGCCAGACCAUGAUGUACCCUCCUCCAUCAACCCCAUCCUUAAGCUUAUCUGGGAGAUGCGCUGCUACCAGGCAGGUGACAACAUCCCCAUCUGUAUUCACUGCAGUGCUGGUUGUGGGAGAACAGGAGUUAUUUGUGCCAUUGAUUAUACCUGGAAGCUGCUGAAAGAUGGGAUUGUUCCAGAGAACUUCAGUAUUUUUAGUCUGGUCCAGGAAAUGCGCACACAAAGGCCAUCAAUAGUGCAAACCAAGGAACAGUAUGAGUUGGUCUACGAUGCUGUGAUCGAACUCUUUAAAAGACAGAUUGAAGUGCUCUCUGUCCAGUCAGACUCUGCUGCCACAGAGAUUCAAACAAACCAUCCAAGGCUCCAGCCGCUUCUGAGCCCACUGGAAGAAACUUAUUCUCUGACACUACCGAGCUGUUCAGCACGAGGGGAACAGGAGCUACAUCAAAGUUCUGAUCAUAUGGUACAAGGGGAAAUAUCACUGACUGAUGCGUCAAGCUGUAGGCCCUCAACAGUACAUGACAACUAUGGGCACAGUGUUUCUCCCAUUAGACAAGCCCUUUCUUCUGGGGCCUUGAACUUCAGCAGUAGCAAGAAUGCAGGUGCCGCUGUGAAAUGGGACACUCUGCUGUCUGGGGAACCACUCCAGAAACAUCACAGCUUAGACUUGAUCAGCAGUUUUUCUGAGGAGCUUCCUCUGAAUCUGAAAUCUACAGCUGCAUGUAGGGGAAACCCUAGUGUCAAGGCCCCAUUAAUACAAACCAAAUCAACUCCUUUUGAGUUGCUGCAACAGAGAGACACCCAGGAACUGGAUGGAGGGGAUGCAGUACCCUCUUUGGACCCCUGGCUACCAAACUCCUGCAGUUCUGUGGGCUUUGAGGUUAAGAGGCAGACAGACUUUUCUUCUGUUGAACUGAACCAUUCAAGCAGACUGGCAGACGCUGCCCCACGGCACAUGAGCAGUGGCCCACAUCCUUCCUCACAUUGUUGCUCGGCGGAAGACCCUUACUUUUCUUCGCUGUCUUCAGAUGAUCCAGGAUCCCCGAUGUUUACUGACUACUUUUCAGAGCUGUAUGAAACAGUUUCUCUUUCUUUCCCUGCUGCAACUUCCACAAUCCAGCCCUUGGAUUCUACCAUGGCCAGUCCUCCAGUGACAACAUCUCUGUCCCAGCAUGUUCACCCAAUGGAUGGUAGGCAGGCAUCCUUGCAGAAAGCUUCUCCAGAUCCAGACGAUGAUGUUCCUCCCCCUCUGCCUGAGCGAACCCCAGAGUCCUUUAUUGUGGCCAAUGAAACUGGUCAACCUCCAUUGGCAACGUCAAACCACCAACCUGUACCAAGAAAUAUAAACAUUGGAACCUCUUCAGAAUGGAGUGGGGUGUCUCAGCCAAAGAUAUUUGAUGACUCAGUAAGACUGAGACCAAGUAAGGAUCCCAAAGCUCUCUACAAGAAUGCAUCUUCACUAGGAAAACAGAGUGUGAAGCUCCGGAGCUCCAGAUCAGAGAAACAACGGGAUCGCUCUUCCUCCCCUCCUCCACUUCCUGAAAGAACCCCUGAGUCAUUCUUUCUUGCCAAUGAGGAGAGUCUGCAGCCUACUGUGAGGACUUCCACUAGCAACCCUGGGGACUCAGGAAAUAAAGCUUCUGAAGAGUCAUCAAAAGAGUCUGUGAAAUGCUUCAGGAGGAGUAAGAGCUUGAAAAUUUUACGUAACAUGAAAAAGAACAUCUGUAGCCCAUCUUCACUGGCAAAACCACCAGAAUCUGCCCAGUCAAACCACUCCAGCUCUUUCCUGAGCUUCGGCUUUACAAAUCGAUUUUCAAAACCUAAAGGACCAAGAAAUCCUCCACCAUCUUGGAAUAUUUAAUUCAACUUUACAGAUGCAUGUGGUUUGCAAUACUGCAGAUUUGCCAUACCCCUCCAACAUGCUGCACAUGCUCUUCACAUUACAGAACUGCUAUCAGAACAGUAGCACUAAAAAUGAUCUUCGCUGUAGAAAGUCUGGUUGUGACCACAGAAUAGCAUACAAGCUCUCCUAAAUGGUUUUUAUAUAAAGAGGGAUACACAAAUGCACAUAAGCUGCUUGACCCUUCCAGUUAAUGUAAACUAAAAACAUAUCUGGAUGUAAACUAAAAACAUUUCAGGGAAAAAUGUUUUCCUUAUAAAACUGUUUCUGAAAACAGGCUAAAAAUUUUUUGGAGAAUUUAUAUCCUUUUUUUAUAAUUUAUUAUAUGACAACGGACCUGAUUCUCCUGUCACAGUAGUAAGUCCCAAUUAAGUCAAUCAAGUGACACCACUGCAAAAUGAUGGUUCAGAGCCUCCCAUCACUUAAGCACAUGCAUAACUUUACUCAUGUGUAGUCAUAAUUAAAGUUAUGCAUGUGCUUAAGUGUUUGUAGAGUCAGGGUCUAAGUGAGAAUCAGGCUCUCAGAUUUCAGAACUCAUCUAUUUUCUUAAUGAUUGUAUUAACAUUAUGAUUAUUUCCAUUUGAAUUAAUCAGAUAAUUUAUCUUUCUAAGUUUCCAUCCAAAGAGGAAGACUAAGAUGCUGACUGUUCAUAUAGGAACCAAACUUGCAUGUGUAAACACUGCAUAAUCUAUUGAAAAAAUUCCACAUCAAGCAAAAUUUAAGUGCAUGAUAGUUUGGGCUUUCAUGGUGCAAAUUUUAAUGUCUGUAACUCGCCUAAAAAAUGCAACACAAAGUUCCAUGCUGACAGUUGGCACUUAAAUCCCCAACCUGAACACUUCCCCCCCCCUAAAAUCGGAAAGCUUGUUUUCUUGCUAAUAUAUGGGGUCAGAUUAAUAUGUUUUGCUCUCUUCCAGAAAAAAAAGCUGAUUUUUGGAAACAAAUACUGCAGGUAUUUUUAGGGCCACAUAUGCAGUCUCUGGUCCACAGCAAAACCCAGUGAUGAAUAACAGAAUGUACAGAGCUCAUUGAUAUCAAGUUGCUUUGUGGAUCAAAUGCUGAGUAUACAGCCCUAAAAGUACCUGUAGCAUUUUUUUUCAAAGUCAACUAUUUUCUAAUAUAGCAAAAAUUACUGAAACCAUAUGUCUAAUUUAUGAUCAAUUCACUGUAUGUAUUCCCUAGUUAUCUCCAAAGUGCUAAUGCCACUGAACUAAAUUGAAUCCCUUUGUUUUGCACCUUUACACAGAGAAGAACUUACUCUUUACUAGCUGAAAGGGUAUGCUACAACCACAGGCAGUUUGGAUGUAACUGGUUUCUGAUAAGGGAACUCCCAAGUACUGUGACUUGAUUGUCAUUUAAGCUGAUCCUAUGUUUGGGACAAGCAUGGAUGGGAGGAGAACAAAGAAGGCUGCAAGACCUCUUUGUGCUCUUCUAAUUUUGGGACAGCUGGGGCCUGCUUGAGGCCUAGUGUAAACUAGAGCAGCCUUAAGACAAUAUAAAAAAUGAUUCUGGUAUCAAAUUGGACAAAUUAAAUUGACAGCUAGCCUUUUAUUUUUAAAAAUAUUGACAAAGUAAUAACUAGAAGUAUGACAUAAAAUCUCAGUGGAGUAUUGAAUUGGUGAAGCAUUUUAUGAUGUGUAUGAAAGAUGCUAUACAAAAUAAAGUUUAUUUAUCCAGCA